AUGGCAGAGGCAAUCAAGAUUGAUGUUGAAUUCACAAACCACAAAGUCUCGUUGCCAGCACAAGAUCAAGAUGGCAAACCAGCCAAUAUCGCCUUUCUGAUCAAACAUUUAUGCGAAAACCUCAUGACGGAUCAGAAAAGAGAACUCUUCCUUCUUGACGAAUCUGUGUAUGUUCUUGUCUUUCAACACACCCCUCUACGUGCACUGACUAACACCUGUGCCAAGNNUCGUCCAGGUAUUCUCGUCUUGAUCAAUGAUGCAGACUGGGAACUCGAGGGUGAGGAUCAAUAUGAGCUUCAACCAAGAGACCAAAUCGUCUUUGUCUCUACUCUGCACGGCGGAUAG